AUGUUUCUAGGAUUUCUUAUUUUUUCUAUUUUAUUUUUCAAUUUUUCACAAGCUGAUGUUUUCACAUGUACUGAUGCAAAUACUGGUAAUCUUCCUUCGAAUGUGAAUAGUGUGACAACAGUUCCAAAAGGGACAAAUUGCACAUUUUCGGUGAGUAAUUUUUUUUUUGAUUAUCUAAAAAAAAUUGUUGAUAAUUUUGUAGAUUAGCACUGCAACUGGUUAUGCUGUUCGAUUCACAAUAACAUCACAAUCAUCAAAUGUGAAUGACACUGUCAUUUUCACGCAUACAAAUGGAGAUAGAUAUCUUAUGCCAUCAACAAAUUCAAUUUCUCAAAUUUCCACAACUGGAGUAACUACAAUUCAAAUUGUUGGUUUUUCUGGUGCAAGUACAUUUUUUGCAAAUUACACAUAUUUCCCAAUCACUGGAUAUACACCAAAAACAACAAUAAACACAGGAGAAGCUUUCCAACUCAGUUUAACAGUCAAUUCAUAUUACACAAUUUCUUCCACCAAAAAUGAAACAAUCAUUUCAUCUGUUGCGAAAGUAGCUACGGCUGCUAUUGAUAAUGUUUUAGAUCAAAUAUUUGUGUUCGAUGGAGCAGAUAUUGUUAACUCCAAAUUUUUGGGAAGAUUGAGUCAUGUUGCGGAUGCUGCUGUAUCUUCCACUUCUUCCGAAAUUACUCUAGUCAACUUUUUCAACACUGUAUCUACCAAUUAUUUCUUGGCAAAUGAUGCUUCAAGUGAGUCAUAAUACGAGUAUUUCAAAAAAAAAACAUAACUUUCAGCUGUUUCAAAAUUCAACAAAUACUCUGUACUUCGUAUGAGUUCCGAAGGAGCAUUAUCCGGAAAUUUGACAGAUUAUUCCACUGCUGGAAGUGCCUACACUUUCAUAUGCACCGAUUGCGAUACUUUCUAUUUGGGUAGAUUGGUUUUCAAUAAUUUUGCCACGAUUGUAAGUUUUCCAAAUUCAAAAAAUAAAUCCAGUUUUAAAUAAAAUACUUUUUCAGACUAAUCUCGCAUUCAUCAGCUUUUCUGGAAUGACACCAACUCAUCGAUUGCCAACACUUUUGAAUUACACGUAAGAAUUCAACCAGUCAGAUUUCUUUAAAUUUUAUUUUUCAGUGCAAUGCAGUUCACCGAUGAUAGUUUGCCUCAAAUAAUUCCUUCAAAUGUAUUCACAAUGUAUACUUAUAUGAGUGGAAUUCAUAUUGGAAUUUCAACACAGAACACUUGUUAGUUUAAAAAAAAACGUUGAAUUUAUUUAUUUUUUAAAUUUUCUUCAGGGAAGAAUUUCUGGCAAUCGCCGUAUGUUGGAAGAAAAGGUUUUAUGAUGAAUCCUUCACUUUGGAAGCCAACUGCAUCACCAUCCUUCUCUUACACUAUUAGUUAGUUUUCCUAUUGAUAAAAAAAAGAAAGAAAGAAAAAAAAACAUUCUUGAAUAGAUAUUUUCAGAUAAUCAAUCAAGUCUCUACACAUUUUCUCUAACUCCUUCAAAUCUUGCAUUCACAUCUGAUUCCGAUUCUCUCCAAGUUUCGCUUUUGAAUAGUGCCGGAGUUACAACAUUGCAAAAGAAAUAUUCACGAGGUGAUGCAAUUUCAACAUUUAGUGGAAUUGGAAAUGGAAUCAAUGUUCAAUUGUCAACUGGAAAAGAUGCAAAUGUUCAAAUGAGUUUUGAUAUUAAAGAAGGAAAAUCAUCUUCCGCUUUGACUCUUUUCACAACUUUUAUUGUAUUGUUCUACAAGUUACUGUUAUAAAUUAUGUUUUGUUGCAUAAUAUUGUAUUAAUCAUUCUUAUUUACAUGAUGACUUUUGAUACUUGUGUGAUGAAAGCACACAACUAAAAAUGAUGAUAUUUAUAUCGUUCUUAUCAGGAAAAAGUCAUUCAUUAUUGAAAUGUCAAUACUAAACUUUAUUGUGCUUUUAAUUUCCCUGACUCAACAUGUUCAAGCAGCAUUCGUUUGUCCAACUCAAGCUAUCACGCUUCAACAAGGAUUAACAGGUUCAAUUCCAUCAAAUUCUAAUGGACUCCAAUCAAUAUCCGCAAACUAUAGUUGUGAUUAUCGAUUUGAUAUUCCAACUGGCUAUGUUGUUAAAUUGAAUUUUUUCACAAACUAUAAUUAUGGCAGUGAAAAUAUUACAUAUAUUGACAGUCGUGGGAACAAUUAUCGGUAACUUUUAAUUAAACAAGUUUUACAUUUUACGACUGAUCCAUUUUUUCAGACUUGGCACACCUAUGAGUAACUUCCCAUAUGUCGCAACUCAACCAAAUGCUCAUGUUGUUAUAAAAACAGUGACUAACACAAGCAAAGUUUUCGUGCAAUAUCAAUAUAUUGACAGUGAGUAUGAAAGCUAUGUAUAUAAAAUAAUCAAAACAAAAUUUCCAAUUUAGUAACAAAGUUCCAACAAACAAAACUUCAAUCUGGAAAUAUUCUGAAUUUGAUGUUUAUUCCAAACACAUUCUACACAUUCAAUUCGGCUCUCAACGAUUCAAUUGUUCUUCAGUUCUCCAAACCGUAUUAUACAACUUCAAAGUCAAGAGUUAUUAGAAGUUUAGCAUGGAAUUAUUAUAUUUAUGAUGGACCAAAUAUUCUCACAUCAAAGUUUAUCGGAAGGUAAAUUUCAGAAUAUUUAGAGAUUAUUUUAUUAUGAAAAUGUAUUUUUUCAGUCUUACUGAUUAUCUUGAACAACCUUUCACUUCUAAUGGAACUUCUAUUAGUCUUGUAAAUUUCUACAAUUCAUCAUAUUCUGAUUAUAUAAUUGCAAAUGACAAGAAAAUGGUGGGAUACAUGACAAAUUAUACAUUUUCAAUUAUCGCCAAUGAUAAAACUACUUAUUCUUCACUUUAUGAUUUGACAUAUACUGGAGACAGCGCAAAUACAGUUUAUUGUGUUGAUUGUGAAAGUAUUUAUCUCGAUCAAGUUAAUCUGAGCAACGAUCAAGUAAUUGUGAAUGUUGCACCAUUGACACCAACACAAAGAAUAAGUGGAUUGUUAGGAUAUGCGACAAAUCUAUUUGGUAAUCAGACACAAGUUCCACAAGUCAUUCCAUCAAACUUGUUCACAAUUUUUGCAUUAAAUCAAAACAAGGGAACUGUCUCAACACGUGUCAAUGUUGAUUCAACGAAAUUUUUAACUCCAGCUGAUGGGAGACAAGGAUUCUUAUUCUCACCAAAUUAUUGGAAAACUAUGAUACAAUCCAAAUAUUCUUAUUAUUUCAGUGAGUUUGGUUUAUACAUUUUGAAAACUAACAUUUAUUUUUCAGAAUCAAACGAUUAUUACAAAUAUAAUCUCAAUUUUUUGACCCACAACUUGGUUGCUGAUUCAAAACUAGAAAUCACAAUUGGCGGAAAAGAUUUUGUAUCAAAAGUGUUCACUUCGGCAUCUACUUCGACAGAUUGGAAUACUGCUAUAAGUGGAGUUGGGAAAUAUUUGAAUGUUACCUAUAAUGGGGGUUAUACAUCAAAUCUAACAGUUCAAUAUACAAUGCAGUAUCAAGGAAAUUCAGCUAAUAAUCUGGGAAUAUUCGGAGUUCUGUUCACCGUUUUGCUACUCGUUUCAUUUUAA